UUUUGCCGCCUUCUAUGGUGCAAACGGAAGUAUAAUCUCUCUCUCUCUCUCUCUCUCUCUCUCUCUCUCUCUCAAAGCAAUUCCGCAGUUCGAGGAUCUCUCUCUCUCCCUCUCUCCUCUCCCUCUCUCCUCUCCCUCUCUCUCACUCUCAACUAACUAACUUCAACGGUUUACACUCGCAGAAACCCACACAGAAAAAUGGGAUCUUUCACAGUAAGAACACACCUCUCUCCAUCUCCGCCAUUCUUCUUCACAAACCCAGUAAAAAAUUUCAUGGACGCAGCAGGCCCCUCACACAUCCACCUCAAUCCGCAAAGACCCAUCUUCAAGAACCCCCCAAUUUCGCGAUUCCCCUCCGAUCCCACCUCGAAAAAUCCAGCCUUUCCGCUCUCCUGCGUCACAAUCCACCGCUGCGCCAAGGUACAACCGCCCUCAAGCGUGUCGGAGAGGCUGCAGAGAUUAGGGCUCGAAUUCCGGUCGCUGCCGGCGCCGAUCGACAGGGUGAAGCGGCUGCUCCACUACGCGGCGAUUCUGCCGCCCUUCGACGAGGCUCGGAGGGUUCAGGAGAAUCGCGUGCUGGGCUGCACGACGCAGGUCUGGCUGGAGGCGGCCAUGGACGGGAAUGGGGCGAUGAGGUUCAGAAUCGACAGCGAUUCCGAGAUCACGAAGGGGUUCUGCUCCUGCCUGAUUUGGGUCCUCGACGGCGCGGCGGCGGAGGAGGUUUUGAGCGUGAGGAGCGACGAUUUGGCGGCGAUGAAUGUGGGGCUGCCCAGCAGAGGGAAUUCGAGGGUGAAUGCGUGGAAUAAUGUGUUGGUGAGUAUGCAGAGGAGGACUGAGGUUUUGGUUGAGGAGAGGAGGAGAGGGGGAUUUGGACAUGUUUCUUCCUUCAUUUGUUGUAAUCAAACUCAGAUGCCCCGCGGAGUAGCAGUCCGCGAGCUAAGCUAGGGCGCCUCGUUGGAGGUUUGCACGAGCAUCUCUUCGUGCUGAUACGCUGCAGCAGUCGUGUGCAGACGGCCCCUCCAAUGCCUUUGCUCGUCUCAGCUAACCUACUAAUUCGCGUUAUCUGUGAUGGGGAAAGGCCUUGCUAUUGGAGGCAGGGGAAAUGGUGUUUGUUUGGUGAAGAAUUGCUUGAAUGAAUCAAUAUUAGAUGAUGUGAUCAAAUGAUGAAAUGAAUGCAAUAAGAGAAGCAUUUUUAGAUAGGUGAUAGAAGUAAUUUUUUGUUAUACAUAGCAACAACAAUGUGUUUCUUGAUGAAUCUUGAAUGUGGAUUUAGAAAGAGAGCUAAUUUGCUUGCAAUAACCUCUCAAAAAAUUUGUAAGAAUGCAAAGUAAUUAGCUAGCUGUAGACAUCCUAGCAAUUUUUCAUUGAAAGAAGGAAACAAUGAUACCCACAAAAUAUGUUUAGGUAAGAAAGUGACGAUACAUAUGUUUAGUCUUGAAAUAGUGCAACACCUUGAUUUUUUAAUCAAUAUGUAUAUUUAUAAUUUUAAAUUUUUA